CCCUCAGAUCCUUACCUGGUCGAGUACUAUCUAUACACACCAGUCAAUCCAACAAAUGCUCAAAAACUAAGACAGGACGAUCCCUCAUCCAUAGAACGUUCCAAUUUUAAUGCAUCCAUUCCCACUAGGAUCAUUCUUCACGGAUUCAGGUCAUCAGCUGACGCACCUGUGUGCUCCUUAGUUCGAGAUGCUAUUUUCAAAAUCGGACGUCGAAAUAUAAUUUGUAUUGAUUGGUCGAAAAUUGCCGAAAAAACAUAUCCAACUGCACGUUUUGUUGCUCCCAGUGUUGGCGAAGACCUGUCAAUGUUUAUAAAUUUUCUUUCAGAAUAUACUUCGCUGUCAAUUAAGGAUGUAAGCAUUUUCGGUCAUAGUUUGGGAGCUCAUGUUGCUGGAAUUGCUGCAAAACAUUUAAAACAACAAAAUAAAACUCUUCAACUCAUAGUUGGAUGUGAUCCUGCCUUCCCGUUAUUCGAUUAUAAUGACUGUUCGUCAAGGCUUUGUCACACAGAUGCUAAGUUUGUUGAGACAAUUCAAACUAGUGGCGGACGUUUGGGUUUUCUAAGACCCAUUGGAGCUGGAGUUUAUUAUCCAAAUGGUGGAGUUCGUCAACCGGGAUGUGGUUUGGAUCCUAUAGGAUCUUGCUCUCAUUCGAGGUCUUAUAUGUAUUUGGCUGAAGCAAUUGAAAAAAAUGAUUUUCCUACAAUCGAAUGUAAGGGUGGUUAUUUGAGUGCUGUACGCAAACAAUGUGGAAAUAAGUAUAGCUCGGUGAAAAUGGCAUCACCUGAAAAUAUUGGAACUAAGGGAGUUUUUUACGUUCCUGUUAAUGCUAAACCACCUUAUGGAAAAGGAUAGUUUGUAGAUAUGUAAAUUAUUGCAAUUUAAUGAUAUUAAAGUGUUCGAA